AGAACAAUACUAGCAAAAAGGAAGACGCUUUGAGAGUCAUAGAAAAUGGCAGACAAAGUCGACGUCAACACACCACUGAAUGCAAAAAUAGCAGAGGAAUUAUACUUUAAAGCACAAUUUGAAAAUGGAAGUGAAGAACCACAUGUCGCCAUAGAAUGCGGCUCGGGUGACGACGUGAGUUUCACGGGGCUGGGCAAGGAAGAGCUGAUGAAAUAUGCCGACGACCCUUUCUGGAAAAAAGUUAGGCUGAUCAUCCUGAUCGUGUUUUGGGUAGGAUGGCUCGGUAUGCUGGUGGCUGCUAUUGUCAUCAUUGUCCUGGCACCAAAAUGUCCCUACCGACCCGACCUAAAAUGGUACGACAAGAGCACUGUUUAUGAGAUCUUCCCCAAAUCUUUCCAGGACUCCAACCCCAAAGCUGAAAAGGCAGACACCAGGAGAGGAGAUGGAGUGGGAGACAUUAACGGAAUUCAAGCUCGUUUGGAAUAUCUGAAGGAUGUUGCUAAAAGCAAGAUUCUUUACAUUAAUUCCUUGUAUGAAAGUAGAGAUGAGGACCGUCUGGCCAUCACCAAUCACAUGAGCAUAGACCCACUGUUCGGAACGAUGGAAGACUUUGACAUGCUACGGAAAGUCACGAAAAAAUUGGAAAUGCGUUUGAUAAUGGAUUUCAUUCCUAACCACACUGGAAAGUUGAACAAGUGGUUCAAGAAGAGUCAGAUGAAAGAAGGAAAAUACACCGACUACUACAUCUGGGCAACUUGUGAACCAAAUAAUAAUACAUACCCAAAUAACUGGAUGAGUGUCAAAGGAGGACGAGCGUGGACGUAUGACGACACCAGAAAGGAGUGCUACUUCCAUCAGUUGGAGAGCGACAAGCCAGAUCUAAACCUCAGGAGCGCAGACGUCAGACAGGAACUUGAGAGCAUCUUGCGUUUCUGGUUGGGCCGAGGAGUGGAUGGUUUCCAUGUCCAGAAUGCUCAGUAUCUGUACGAGGACGAAAAUCUGGGGGAUGAAACACCGAUUACUGGAAAAACAGGCGAUAAUUACACUGAUUUUGAGCACAACCAGACCAUGAACCAUCCAAAAAAUUUGAAGAUACUGCAAGGCUGGAUGAAUGUGUUGGAGUCGUACAAUACCAAGCCAGGCAGAGAAAAGGCUCUUAUUGUGACGGCUAAAGAUGAUCUGAACACAACCAUGGAGUACUUUGAUGCAGGGGUCACCAUUGUACGAGUCACCCCAUUGUCUGACAGUGGUGCUUCGUUGGCUGAGGGUAGUGUUUCACUGACUGAGAGUAAUGUUUCACUGACUGAGAGUAAUGUUUCACUGACUGAGAGUAAUGUUUCACUGACUGAUAGUAAUGUUUCACUGGCUGAGAGUAAUGUUUCACUGGCUGUGAGUAAUGCUUCACUGGCCGUGAGUAAUGCUUCACUGGCUGAGAGUAAUGCUUCACUGGCUGAGAAUAAAGUUUCACUGGCUGAACGCAUGGAGACCAAACUGAAAGAGUUAAUAUCCUUCAACAGAAUCGGAUUGAUGUAUAGUGAUAAAGAUUCGAGUCGUUUGGCCAGCCGAGUCGACGUCAGUCCAGAACAAAUUAAAGCUUUGUUGACUCUACAAGCCACUCUGCCGGGAGUUCCGUUUAACUACUACGGUAACGAGAUCGGAAUGACUGACCACCCCACACUGUCUGCCCCUAAUAAGUACAGGACUCCAAUGCAGUGGAACUUUAAAGGAACAGGGUUCUCCAAGAACACCCUAUGGUUGGAGCGUAAUGCUAACUACAGAGAGUUUAAUGUGGAGACUGAAAAGGGCCAUCAAAAUGAUUACUCUACAUUGAUGGUGUACAAACGACUUCAGGAACUGAGAGAGAAUGAGUCCUUCCAGUGGGGAACAAUGAGUGUGUAUAGAGAUGGAGACCUCCUGAUGUACACCAGAAAGGCCGAUGGAUUCCCGGGAUACCUGGUGGCCAUUAACCUCGGAACCAGUAAGGUCACCGAAUCUUUCCAUGCAGCCACCGGAAUUCCCAAGGAAGUCAAGGUGGUCUUCCAUACUCACAAGGACGACAACAGCGCCAUCAGUUUGUCGGAUACUUCCUAUAUACUGGAUCCAAGUCAUGCAGUUGUUUUCAAAUAUAAUAGUGAAUAAUUGUUUGUGUAUGAUAUACAUGUAGAUUUGAAGUUUACAUGUAUGUAAAUAUUAAGUACCUUUCAAUAUUGAUACCUUAAUCUUAAUGUCACAAACUGAGACAUGAAAUUGCAUUUCUUAUACUGGCUUGUUUAUGCCAAAAACUGACCAAUAAUGUUGUUUAAAAAUAAAAAGAACAAUAAAUAUGA